AUGACUGGGUUUACUCUUGGAAACAAGGAGAUAUCAGGAAAUUGGAGGACUAAAGGUUUAAUCUGUUUCUAUGUGUUGUGUGUGGUUUUUAUCGAAAUUGGGAGAGCACAACACUUUGGAAAUCAGGAAAGAGUCGAUGGAUUUGCUCAUUAUAUCAAUUAUGAUGAUUAUAUCAAGCAGGAUGAGGAAUCAGAUAAACCGCAGAAUCCAAUAUUGAAGAUGAAACCUAACCAUAAGAUAUGGAAGCAGGAUUCUAUGUAUAUUCCAGAGCUAAUAAUGGAAGACCCUUAUCCUCGGGAAGGAUCUGUGGCACACCCAUUAAAUAAACCUCCAUGUGGAUCUACUAAAAGAGGAAUGGUUUAUUACUCUGCUUAUCCUGGAAGGUCGAACUUGAUCAGAUGGAAGGUAAUUCACCCUAUUCUUGAAGGAAACUGAACUAUAAAACUCUCUAAUGGACUAGAUCAGAGUCAUGAGACUGCUUUUGAGCCAUUGGAACCAGUUUACGACUUUUCAUUCCAAAAUGAAGAUGGAUCAUUGGACUAUUACUCAGGUGAUACAGGGAAUUAUUAUCGCCAAUUCUAUCACAAGGGCAAGUUCUCUUGUGGAAGAGUGGAUCCAGAAACUUAUGAAUCCAUCACUGUAAAGUUUCCGAAUAUGACUUGUGAUGAUUGUGUCUUACAACUUGAGGUAGAGACUAAGCAAGGAAAAAUCUACCAAUGAGCUGAUAUUGAAGUUAUUAAUGCAGGUAUGAGAGACUGAGUUGGCUCAUGACUUAAUGAAGGUGUCUGAGUUAAUGGAAAAUGCCUUUGUAGAUCAGGUUUUGUUGGCCAGCACUGAGAAAACAAAACACAAGAGAAACGAACAUAUACACCUUGGUUUGCAAUCAUAGGAUUGAUCAUAUUUGCAAUCAUUGUUGCGGUAGUGGUGUAUAUUUCCUGCCAAUUUGUCUCCCAAAAAGAAAGAUGGAUAUCAUUGACAAGAGGUUCAAGAAAGAGUCGAAUCUAUCCCUCUACAGCAAGUGAAAUAUAGCUGUAAGUUUUAUUAAAUCAAAUCAUCCGGCGCAGUUCUCUCAUGUUGCCUUCUAAGUUCUCUACUUGACAUUCUCACUAAACUAUUCAAAGAGG